AUGGAGUCCUCAUCUUCGUCUAACACGCCACCGCCGACGCAGCAACAGCAGCAGGAACAGCAGCAGCAAGCAACCCUCCCAUGUGUGCCGCUGCCGGUUUCUCACGGAAGGGUGCGCUUUGAUCGGCGGAUGCUUUUGGUGUACGGGCUGUUGCUCUUAGACGUAGUGGUGAUCGGUAUUACGUCGUUGCAGCACGUGUGGCAGCCGGCCAAUCUCAUAGACAAGGUCCUCCAGAACCACAGCACCCCAGUUCAUGGUGAAGGAGAGCAUAGACAUCUCUCGCCUCAGCUGCAACUUCCAGUGGCUGUAAAGCGGGAGCUAGGAAUGUCUUGCUGCUGCGGCUGGUUGGCCGUAGCUGUAAUGGCCGACGAAGUGGAGCUGCAAAUCAAGCUGAAGUAUCUUCUGGUGGCGAUAGCCUCCUUCUGUGUUUUCUUCGCACUCAAUCUCAUCGUACAGAUUCACGGGCGAUUUCAGCAGAGCAAAGUGACUGUCGCAGCCCUCAAGACGUUCAGUUCAGAAGGCAACACAGGGGCUCCACCGAUUCGUCCAGCUGAUCUCUACGGUGAAUCCUACAGGGAGUUUAAGGGCUUUUCCCUGCAGGGAGAAGGGAGUCUGAGGGGAGAGGAGGCGUUCAGCAACCCCUCUGGAGCCCAGCAGAAUGCAUCUUCGAGCGCUGCAUUGUUUGGUCAAGGCGAGGAGGGGCCAGUACAGCAUCAGUCUCCGCCUUACUUAUACUGGCGCGAUUUCUCCUUCUGGAUCGAACUUAGCAGGGAAUGCUUCCUAGAUGGAGAAAUUCAACUCUCCAGCUUGUGGGUGCUCCUGCAUGCAACGGCACUGGUUGGCGGCCGAGGCAUCAUCCAGUCGCGUGCUAUUGUUCACGUUGCUGCCGACUGA